AUGGCUAGGUCAGGACCCAAGAAGAUCAAAGACCUCAUCGGCAACAAUCAAACCCUCCAAACCUACUACGACCUGGAUCAAGCCAUGGUCGAUGCGCACUUCGGGGAGAAGGACGAGAUCGCCGAGUCCACCGCACGCAUGCUUCUCGAGAACAGCGAACUCGCGCUCAUCAUCCGCUGCCGUGCCUGCAUGGUGCUCGCUUGUGGCGAAGGUGAAGAUUGCCUGGAUAUGGCGAAGGAGGCUGUGCGCAUCGCACAGCUGGCAUAUGACCGCUGCAGUGAGCCAGGUGAUCUGGAGACAACGCUUCUGAAGAAUGCGAAGGAGAUUUUGAAGAAGACGCAGGAGAGGGUCGACGAGAUGGGCAAGAAGGAAUCUUCCAAAGGUAAGUAG